AUGAAGUCGAACACGACUAACCACCGUUCAUUGUUUCUCGCAGAUGAAAGCCACGAUGAAUCGUCCGACGAGCAAGCGCAGGGCCGCCCUCGCACCGGCCAACGGACCAAACAUCCAAGGCGCAGCCUCGAUGACGUCAACAAAGCUGACGUCGCUGGGAAAACCGUCCCUGCACCGGCAGCUGGAGUGAAGUCUGUGGCUCGCGGUGGUCCCCUCGAUGCUGCUGCAAGUGGUCCCUUCCCUGCUGCUGCCGCUGCUGGUGGAUCUUCCCCUGCUGUCGCUGCAGCCGGGUCUUCCCCUGCUGCCGCUGCUGCCGGAUCUUCCCCUGCCGCAGCUGCUGCCGGACCUUCCCGUUCUGCUAUUCCUGACGGUGGUUCCCCUCCUGCUGAUGUGGCUCCCGAUGCUGUUGUUCCCGCCGGGACACCUGCUGCUGUUGAAGGAAACCCCAACCGCAGCCAAAUGGAGUUGCUUAUGACCCGGGCGACGGGGCGUGCGUAUGCAACUGAUGCCGCUCGCUUCGACGAGGAAGCGCGCGCCGAACCUGAUGUGAAUGAGGAGCUUCGAACUAAGGCAGAAGCUCAUAAGGCGAUCGCCGGAGUUUAUCAGAAAGAGAAUGGUCGCCUCGCCGAUGACCUGAAAAGCGCGCUGGUGCUUAUAACGCACUUUGCUAAGAAGACUACGCAAGUGGACCAGUCGACUCUCGACUGGAAGUUUACGUCGUGUGCAGGGCAUGCCGGCUACACCCCCGAAUCGGCCGAAGGGAUGCAGGUGGCAGCGAUUGCCAAGUCGCAGGGCAAGCUGAAGGAUGCUAUGGAACGUUUUAACGAUCGCAUCGGGAAGAUCUACCGCCUCUGCCGCGUUUACGCCUUGAGCCGAGAUCCGUGUGUCUUCAUGAGGGAGAAGCGAACCCUGAAGGGCGAGCUAACUUUCUCCGAGAUUGAUGACUUCGCGAAGGUGUGCGCGGACUUCGUGAAGAACCAAUCCGACAUGAUGAUGGGAAUUUAUUGGCAUUUGUGGGAGGGAUCACCCUUUUCUAGCCCAGCGUUUGUUAAGUGUGCGUCCCUUUGGGACCCGGAAUUCGAUGGCGCCCUUCCCAUUGCGUUGUUUCCUGAUCAGCUGCUGGUUAUCCUUGCAGCGGUGCGUUUCAAGCUUCGUUAUCCCCAUGGCAAGGCCCAGUUUAAGCGAUCAGGGGACCCGUCAGCCUUCUCCAGGCAGGCACGGGUGGUGCAGAGGUGGAUCAACGAGGGGCCCGUUGAACGGGAUGGCGACUGUGUCGGCAUUGGCAGCAUCUGCAUCGUUGGAUGGAAGGAGAUCCAUGAAGCUGAGCUGGAAGCAGAUGAGCUCGGGGAUUUGACCCGAGAUGACUUCACCACCAGGGCUGCUUAUCGCAGGCUUCACAACGCAAACGAGCCGCAGAAGGAGCUGUUCUAG